AUGGUAACACCAAGUUCUGAAUCUUUAACCAGUCGAUCACAUUUUAAUAUUCAACAAAUUUUGGGCUUAGAUGAAUCGACAACCUCAUCGAUUGUAAUUAACCAGUGUGAUUCAGGUCGAAGUACACCAAUUGUUGAACCGAUCGAUUGUGACGAAGAUGAAGAUGAGGAAGUGGAAGUGGAAGGUGAAGAAAUUGAUGAGGAUGAAGAAGAUGAUGAUAGUGAUGGUGAUGGAACAAUUUGUACACCAACACCAACACCGAUAAUAAUCACUAAUGGUGGUUGGAAUUCACCAAACGAUAAGAAAACUAAAUCCAACGACAAUUGCAACAGUCCCAAGACUAAAUCAGCAUCCAAUAAUGAAGAGGCUAAAUCGUCAUCAUCAUCAACAUCAUCACAGAAAAGUAAUGGUCAUGAUAAAGUUCAGAAUAUGGAUUCUGAUCAAAAUCAAACACCGACUCCAACUUGUUCCCCCUCAUUAACACCUCAUCAACAGCACCAACAACAGGGUUUCCCACAAUUUUCAUCAGCAUCCAUGUUGAAUGCUUAUUUAUAUCGACCCACAACCGCUGCAGCAGUUGCCCUAAUGUCCGGACUCCAAGGGCACCCGAAUGGUUAUCCUCAUCACGCUCAGCCUAUCAUCCUUACCCACCGUGGGCUCAGUUAA